AUGCGUGUAGGUAGACAUGUGCGGCGGCUUUUGAGUGCGGUGGCCAGACGGGAUUUCGGCACGGGAGGGACGCAAUGCUCUCAGACAACACGGCUAGUCGAGGUCACGGAAUCGCCAAUAAAAGAUGUCAAGAUUAUUGCCAUGAAAAAUCCUGCGGCGAACAUUCUUUCAGCAUCUCUUAUGAGCGAUCUUUUGGAUGCAAUCAGUGAGCUCUGCAACCCCGAGAAGGAUGCCUGCCGGGGCAUCGUUUUGACCUCCGCACUUGUUGGUGCUUUCAGUGCGGGUCUGGACCUAAAAAUGCUUCACGCGAAAUUGGAAUAUGAGUCCUUCAUGCAUUACUGGGGUUUGCUUCAAAAGGUGUAUGUUACCCUCAACACCCUUCCAGUUCCUCUUGUUUCAGCCAUAAAUGGAGAUGCCCUUGGCGCUGGCUGUAUCAUUGCCCUGGCGUCGGACUACAGGGUCAUGGCUGCAAAAGCGGGGGAUGAGGGGAGACCAUUUAAAAUCGGCCUCAGUGCCACCAAAUGUGGAUUGACGGUUCCGCCAUCUUUUGCUGCUCUCACUUCACAUGUUGUUGGGCAUAGAGUGUGUGAAGAACUUCUUCAGCUUGGGGAGCUUGUGGAUGCGUCGACUGCAGAAAAAAUUGGGCUUGUAGAUGAGACCGUAGAGGAUGCGGAUCAGGUUCUUAUUCCAGCCCUGGAUACGGCUGAGAGAUUGUCCAGCGUAGUCCCCUGGUGCUACUGGAUGGUGAAGGACGUGUCACGGAAGAAACUUGUUGCGCCCUUUUGUACGCCAGCACUCCGACAUGCCGAGUGCUUAAAUUUUUAUGAGAUGCUCAACAACCCCGACGUGAGGCGAGAUCUCGGAGCAUACAUGGCAGGUGCAUGA